AGGGCCGCGCAGAGGGGCGGGGCUCACCAAGGCUCCACCCAGCAGCCCCUGUUCGCACGCCGGGUGCUGAUCCGCGCGGAGGCCGACCCGCCACCACCCAGCGCUCAGCGGGCCCGGGCGGAGAGGCGCAGCGCGCCAGGUAGCCUCCGGCGAGGGCGAGGGCGAGGGCCGGUGCUGGCCGGCUAUGCCUCCUGCCGCUGCGGUUCAGGCCGGCGCCCGCGCGCCCGCGGCCUCGGAGAAGCAGCCGGGUUCCGGGGGUGCUGCGCUGUGAGGCCGGGGCCUAGAGCCCGCUGCCGCCGCUGAGGAGCGGCCCAGGAACCGAGCUUGCCAGCGCUCGCGCCCCCGCCUUCCUCCCGCGCUCGACCCAGCCUUGGCUCGCUGCCCUCGGCUGCCGGGCGCCAUGGCCUCCGCCGCCAGGGAGAGCGCGGGAUCGGUGCGCCGGCCACUGCCGCGUCACCGAGCGCUGCGCGGGCUGCUGCUGCUCUGCCUGUGGCUGCCGAGCGGCCGCGCGACCGGGCCGCCCGCGGCGCCGCUGUCCGAGCUGCACGCGCAGCUGUCAGGCGUGGAGCAGCUGCUGGAGGAGUUCCGCCGGCAGCUGCAGCAGGAGCGGCCGCAGGAGGAGUUGGAGCUGGAGCUACGCGCGGGCGGCGGCCCCCAGGAGGACUGCCCGGGCCCGGGCGGCGGCGGCUACAGCGCCUUGCCGGACGCCAUCAUCCGCACCAAGGACUCCUUGGCGGCGGGCGCCAGCUUCCUGCGGGCGCCGGCGGCCGUGCGGGGCUGGCGGCAGUGCGUGGCGGCCUGCUGCUCCGAGCCGCGCUGCUCGGUGGCUGUGGUGGAGCUGCCCCGGCGGCCCGCGCCCCCGGCCGCCGCGCUCGGCUGCUACCUCUUCAACUGCACGGCGCGCGGCCGCAGCGUCUGCAAGUUCGCGCUGCACCGCGGCUACAGCAGCUACAGCCUCAGCCGCGCCCCGGACGGCGCCGCCCCGGCCACCGCGCGCGCCUCGCCCCGGCAGGAAAAGGAUGCACCUCCGCUUAGCAAGGCUGGGCAGGAUGUGGUUCUGCAUCUGCCCACAGACGGGGUGGUUCUAGACGGCCGUGAGAGCACAGAUGACCACGCCAUCAUCCAGUAUGAGUGGGCGCUGCUGCAGGGGAACCCAUCAGUGGACAUGAAGGUGCUUCAAUCAGGAACCCUGAAGCUGUCCCACCUACAGGAGGGAACCUACACCUUCCAGCUGACCGUGACGGACACUGCUGGGCAGAAAAGCUCUGACAACGUGUCAGUGACAGUGCUUCCCAUGGCCUACUCCACAGGAGGAUGUCUGCACACUUGCUCGCGCUACCACUUCUUCUGUGAUGAUGGCUGCUGCAUUGACAUCACGCUCGCCUGCGAUGGGGUGCGGCAGUGUCCCGACGGGUCCGAUGAAGACUUCUGCCAGAAUCUGGGCCUGGACCGCAAGAUGGUAACCCACACGGCUGCUGGUGCUGCCCAGCCAAGAACCACAGGGCUGAGUGAAGACGCAGGGGACGAAUCCUUGGUGGAAAAGUCUCAGAAAGCCACUACCCCAAACAAGACACCUGCAUUAUCAAACACAGAGAAGAGGAAUCAUUCCACCUUUUGGGGACCAGAGGGUCAAAUCAUUCCUGGGAUGCCAGAUAGAAGUUCCUCAGGGAAGAACAGAAAAGAGGAAAAUUAUAUUUUUGAGUCAAAGGCCAAUGGAAGAGGAGGGGAACACCCAGCUCCAGAAACAGGUGCAGUGCUACCCCUGGCACUGGGUUUGGCCAUCACGGCUCUGCUGCUUCUCAUGGUUGCGUGCCGACUACGACUGGUGAAACAGAAACUUAAAAAAGCUCGUCCCAUUACAUCUGAGGAAUCGGACUACCUCAUAAAUGGGAUGUAUCUAUAGUAAUGUAAUUUAAAGAGCUUGGGGCAAGGACAUGUUUUGUUUAUAAUCUAUACUUCUAUUAAGUUCUAGAUAUUUACAGCCUCUUUUGUUUUUAAUUGGGCCAGAAAAUUCUGCAAAUCCCAAAUCUUUGUCUUUAUUAUUUAUUGUAAAAAAAAAUUCUCUUUAGAAAGUCAUAAAAUAUUUUGAAAUUUAGAGAGGAAUUCAUGAUUAAAGAUUUCUAAAAAUAUAAUUCUGGUUUAUGUAAGCUUUCCCCAAAAACAGAAAUUUGUACUUAGCUGAGACAGAAAAUUCAGCAUCUCAGGAGUUGGUUUUAGGAUGAGUGUGUUAAUCCUUUACUUUUUAGAAGCCACUGUUGGCCCCUUCCAGUGCUUUAGGCACAGCUCCCCUUGUUCUGUGCCCUUUCCUUCCUCCUUUCAGCUCCAGUCUUCUUCUUUUCCCCCUCUAAACCCAUUUCUGAGAGUGGAUCUCAAGCAAGUUCAUGCCUUCAAUCAGAUGUUACUUAUAGCGGAUUAACCUAAAUUAUAAACCUUAUGUACAGGUCAGUGAGCAUCGGGGAAGAUGAGUGUGAAUCCUUCCCAAUGCCUCUGAUGUCAUGUCAUAUAGGUGGCUGCCUCCUUAGACUGACCUUUGGGAGAAAAAAAACCCAGACUUUGAAUUAGAAACAGCUCUAAGAUGGUGAUGCAGUGAGAUAGGAAAUCAAGAUGGAAGCAGAGAAUCUGGUGUGCCAAAAACAAACAGAAACUUAGUUGAGGGCAAAGAGAGCAAGGAGAACGUUCAAUACUUCAUACAUCAAGUCGACAUGGCUCCAUGGUUGAGAGCACAGCAGCUCAUUUACAUAUAUAGCCUUUGUUGAUGAAAGAGAAAAAUGCAAAUUGAAAAGAGGAAAUUGAGUGGAUUUCUGGAUACAGCUUUUGUAAAAAUGUCAUCAUGUCUUUCAUCCAAUGGAAUGAGCCAAUUUUUUUU